AUGGUGCCAAAGAAUUACCAGGAUAUCUUGGCCUUGGUAUUUGCCGUAAAGGAGAUCAACCAAAAUCAUAGAACCUUACCUAAUAUCACUCUAGGCUUUCACAUCUAUGACAGCUACCACAAUACUGAGAUGACUUUCAAGAUGUCACUGGAUCUGCUUUCUUCUCAGCAUAGAUUUGUUCCAAACUACAAGUGUGAUAUUCAGAACAAUUUGAUAGCUAUAAUUGGUGGAAUGAACUCUGGGGUUUCCAAGAACAUAGCUACAAUUAUGAACACCUACAAAAUUCCACAGUUCAUUACUGGCCCCCUUGAUUCAAGAAUGACUGAGAAAACUCUGUUCCCAUCCCUGUACAAGAUGGUCCCAGAUGAAAGUCGAGAGUAUAAGGGGAUUGUCCAGCUACUUAAGCAUUUCAAAUGGACAUGGAUUGGGCUAUUUACUCUGAAUUCCAUCAGUGGAGAAAUAUUUUUGCAAAUAUUUGCACCACUGCUUUUUCGUCAUCACAUCUGUAUUGCUUUUAUAGUAAAAAUUCCCAAAUGGAAAUACGUUGAUGGAGUAUUACAAUUAUCUAAUACAGAAGUGAAUAAAAUUUCAGAUGUCUUAGAAAGCAAAGCCAAUGUCUUUCUUGUCUAUGCAGGUUCUCUAGCAAUGGAAGCUUUGUACAGGUAUCUUCACAUGGCGUUCUUACAUUCGCCUAUAGGUAAGGUGUGGAUUGUGACAAUACACUGGGGUUUCAAAGGAAACACCCAGCAAAGGGGCUGGUACAUACAAUCUUUUCAUGGUGCCAUGUCGUUGUCAGUUCACUCCAAUGAACCACUGGGAUUCAAGAACUUUCUUCAAAAUGUAAGACCUUCAUCAUGGGCAAAAGAAAAUCAGUAUAUGCAGGAUUUCUGGGAGAAGGUUUUCAAUUGUUAUUUGGAAAAUAUCACUGAGCAUGAGGAGACCAAGGAAGCCUGUACUGGGGAUGAGAAUCUGGAGAGUCUUCCAGGAAUUUUCUUUGAAAUGAGCAUGACGGGCCACAGCUAUGCUGUCUACAAUGCUGCCCAUGCUGUGGCACAUGCUCUGCAUGCCAUGUAUGAAGCCAGAUCCAAACACAGAUUACGGGUGGUUAGAGAGAAGCUGGCACCCUGGAAUCUGCGCUCAUGGGAGGUCCUACCAGUUUCUACAUGUAAUGACAACUGCCAUCCUGGUUAUAGAAAGAAAAAGAAAGAAGGGGAGCAAUUUUGCUGUUAUGAUUGUGUUCCCUGUCCAGAGGGAGAGAUUUCAAGUGAAAUGGAUAUGGAUGCUUGCACUGAAUGUUCAGAAGAUCACUAUUCAAACAUGGGCAAGAAUCAAUGCAUUCCCAAAGUUAUAAGCUACCUAUCGUAUCAAGAACCUUUGGGUAUCAUUUUAGCUUCAUUUUCUCUUGCUUUUACUCUGAUCACAGCUGCAGUGAUAAAAACAUUUAUGAAGAACCAUGACACUCCCAUAGUGAAAGCCAACAACCGAAGCCUCACUUAUGUCCUUCUCAGCUCUCUCCUUCUUUGCUUCCUCUGCUCCCUCCUUUUCAUUGGAUGUCCUGAAAGGGUGAUCUGCUUUCUCCGGCAAACCACUUUUGGAAUCAUCUUUUCUGUGGCUCUUUCCAGUUUGCUGUCAAAAACAAUAACUGUAAUUGUGGCAUUUAUGGCUACCAAACCAGGAUCCAGGAUGAGGAAAUGGGUGGGGAUAAGGCUGGCAAAUUCUGUUGUCUUUUCCUGCUCCUUCAUUCAAGCAGGAAUUUGUGCUCUUUGGCUCAGUACAUCUCCUCCAUUCCCAGAUACAGACAUGCACUCGCUGAAUGGGAAAAUUGUAGUGGAAUGUAAUGAGGGUUCCAUGUUUUACUGUGUCUUGGGCUAUAUGGGCUUCCUUGCUGCUAUCAGCUUCACUGUGGCAUAUUUUGCUAGGAAGUUACCUGACGGUUUCAAUGAAACCAAAUUUAUCACCUUCAGCAUGUUGGUCUUUUGCAGUGUUUGGCUUUCCUUUGUCCCAACCUACCUGAGCACAAAAGGUAAAUACAUAGUGGCUGUGGAGAUCUUCUCUAUCAUAACCUCUAGUGCAGGCUUACUGCUUUGCAUCUUUUCCCCUAAAUGCUAUAUCAUUGUGUUCCGGCCUGACUUGAACAACUGUCUGGAUAGACAUAAGGUUUUUAAAGUUUUUUUAAGGUACAGAAACUUGUAA